AAGAAAUUCAAAUCAAGAGAGCACUCCAGAGCUGAUCUGAUGUCCGGCAGGGAAAUGCGUCCCCUCUCGCUCUCCAUCGGAGCCUCGCUGCUGCCCAGCUUCUCGCUGGUGAGCGCAGCCAAUGACCGUGCGGCAGGCGCUGGCCAGGAUUGCCAUGGCAAGCUGUGCCAUGCGGUGAGCGAGUACUGCUCCAUGUUCGCCGAGAGCUGCAUGCCGUGCGCCGACAUCUGUGAUGCCAGCUCACAUAACUAUCAUGCGGACACCUGUGCCAAGGAGUGUUCAGCCUACAAAAGCUUUGAUCCUCUGCUGUCUGAUAUACAGAAUCGGGUGGUGCCCAAACUGGAUCAGAUUCGAAUUGUGUUGUUCAUCAUCCUCAUAUUAGUGUUCAUCAAUUAUAUGGUUAAGUUCCUGCGCUGGCUGGGCGUCAAGCGUUGCUUGCAGCGCUGCAUGGCUCGGCUGCCGUCCAAGGCACAGCCGAGCAAUGGAAAGGAGCUCAAUGGCAUGACCAUACAGAAUCCGAAUGCUUUCAACCGUGACAUUGAGCGAGCACCAUCGCAAAUCUACAGUGUAGCAGGCGCUGCCGAGGGCUCUGUGCUGACAAUGGCAACGCCGGUGAGCACUCGCUAUCCGGCUGAGAAUAGCACAACACCAACAACAGUGGUCACCGAAAUCGGCUAUGGGCAAGGAUACGACAACCAGGCGAUGGUCACAACGCCUGUUGCAGAGAAGGCCGUAACGGCCACAACGUCCACAACAGCGGGCUUCUAAGUGUGGCGCCAGCAUUAGCAUUGCGAGCAACAGUGUGCAUCACAUUGAAACUAGUGAUAUUUUUAUAAUUAAUAAUCGUAAUGAAAAUAC